AUGUUUUCUGCGGGUCGCCAAGAAAAUCGCUGUAAUGUCGCAGCCAAUCUUCCAUCCUUCGAAGUUGAAGUUGAAGCUGAGAACAUUGUUUACCCAAUGUGUCCCGAAAGAAUCAAAUCGAUACGUCGUUGGGUGAGCGAUGUCGGUCAGGAACAGAGCCAACAGAACGUUCAGAGCUCACGCCGUAUCAUUUCCGGAGUUGGAACUUUCUCGUCGGAGAACUUCACACGAGAAACAUUGCCCAAUAUUACCAGUUAG